AUGGUGUCGACGCAGGGACUCCCGGAUGCCCUGCUAAAACGAGCUCGUAAUCUCUCCUCCGAACACGAAAAGCUAUCGGCUUCGCUCAAUGAAAACUUCGACACCAAGACGGCCCGCCGGGUUGGCGAGCUGUCGAGCGUCGCCACCGCCCUCCGAGAGUGGGAAGCAGCCCUCUCGUCCAUCGAAGAGCUACAAGGCCUCCUAGCAUCCAGAGACGCCGAGCUACGCCAACUCGCCAAGGACGAACUCGAAGGAACCACGGCCGAGCUCACUUCCGUAUCCCGUCGUCUCUCCGCCGCCCUGACCCCAAAGGACCCCUACGCCCACCUCCCCUGCCUACUCGAAAUCCGCCCAGGACCCGGUGGCCUCGAGGGCCGCUUCUUCGCCGACUCGGUCUUCAAGAUGUACCACCAGUUCUGCGUCCGCAAGGGUCUGCAGGUCAACGUUAUCAAGUACGAUAUGGCCGACUCCGCGGGCGACGCCGCCUCCGCCGCCGGCGAGCUGCCGUUACAAGAAGCCGUCAUCGAGAUCCGCGACGAGGGGGCCUACGACCUCUUCCGCGGGGAGGCGGGCAUCCACCGCGUCCAGCGCGUGCCGGCCACCGAACGCAACGGCCGCGUCCACACCAGCGCCGUGGCCGUCUGGGUCCUGCCCUCGUUCCCCGAGAGCGGCGCCGGCGCCGAGGACGCGAACGACCCGGAAAGCGACUUCUACCUCAAUCCGCAGGACGUCCGGGUCGAGACGAUGCGCGCCCGCGGCGCGGGCGGCCAGCACGUCAACAAGACCGAGUCGGCCAUUCGCCUGACCCACAUCCCCACCGGUACCGUCGUCUCCAUGCAGGACAACCGCUCGCAGCACCGCAAUCGGGAGGCCGCCUGGAAGGUGCUUCGGUCACGCGUCGCCGAGCAGCGCCGCGAGGCCCGCGAGGAGGAGACGGCUCGUCUGCGGGACACCGUCCUCUCCAAACGAAAGAUUACGCGCGGCGACAAGAUCCGAACGUACAAUUUCAACCAGGACCGUUGUACCGACCACCGGAGCGGCAUGGACGUGCAUAACCUUCCCGAUGUAUUGAUCGGCGGAGAGAGUCUCGACCGCCUCGUGGACAGCGUCAAGGAUUGGCUCGUGUCGAACGAUAUUGCGGCCAUGAUGGCCGAGGAAGAAGCUGCCGCCACUACUACUACGGCAACUGCUACCAAGUCGAAAAAAUAA